AUGGGCGGACGUCCAAAGCUGUCCAAGGCGCAGAGGGCCGCGGCGAAAGCUGCCGAGGAUGCCGAGGCCUGGCGCGCCGAGACCGAGGCGGCUCUCAUUUUGCGAGAUGAUCCAGCACCGCCGCUUCCGAGCUGGCCAGAAGCGGUCGCCACGUUUGGCGCGUCGACCGUGGAGGCUUUGGCUGUGACGCACCCGAACGAGCUGGCCAACGCGUGCGCCUCGGCGACCGCCUUGCGGCUCUUCCUAUCCGUGCCGGCUGCCGGCGUCUUGCCAUGGCGUCACCGCGCUCAGGAGUCACUGGAGACGAGCCUGCAGCGGCUGGCGCUGGACGAUGAUCUGCAGGCGGACGUCAAGAGCUAUCGCGCUGCGACGCUGGCGGCCGGCAGGAGCGCCGCGCCGCCACAGCUGCAGCCGCUCGAGCCUCUCGCGGCGCUGGACGGGCUGCUCUUGGCGCUGUGGGGCGUGGGCCGGCGGCGGAGGGAGAAGCUUGCCCACCCGGUGGGGGUGAUGGAGGUGGCUGCCGCGGUGGCAUUCGGCCUUGCUAGCGUGAGUGAGCGCUGCCGCUCGCUGCUUCGCGCAGCGCCGGCUGAGGUGCGCCAGAGCUGGGGCGUCCGCGAGGAGUGGGUGCGGGGCGACGCGCCGGCGAAGACGCCGUGGCGCAAGGGCGGCUGCUCGCUGCUGCGCCUGCUUCGCGCGCGGUGGGUGGAGGCGGUCGCUGUCUCGGGAGGCUGCGACUGCGCGCAGCCGCCCGUUCGGGUCGCGCUGCUCGCCUGGCAGUAUGCUGGCCGCGACGCGGGCGCGCGCUGGCUCGCGUUUGCGGUUCCGAGCACCGCGGCGGCGGAUCUCUCGGACGCCGCGCUCGAGUCCUUCCGCGGCAGCCGCGUCGCCUACAUUGGCGAGUGGGGGAGUGGCAUGACGGGCACCCGCCACCUGCACGACGCCCUCUCCGAGCCAGCCUCGUGGGCACUGGAGGCGCACGUGCCGCUCCCAAACUUCGCAAAGCUGCGCAUCGCCCUCUACCUCUUCCGGAGGCGGGACCCCGACGCGCGAUCGGCGCAGCAAGCAGCUCCCCACCAGGCGGGCGGCAAGCGCAAGCGGCGCGACGCCGCCGAGAGCAUCGUCGGCUGCGACGUGUGCGGCAGUCGGCAGCGGCGCUUGUGGCGCUGCCCGUGGUCGCGCCAGCUGCUGGUGUGCGGCGAGGGCUGCUACGCCGCCGCAGAGCAGCGCCACACCGCCACGCUCGCCCUCUGCUUUUGCGGCGCCGCGCCAACGUUGCGGCCGCCGUUUGCUCUCUUCGAGGCAGCGGCGUGGUUGGAGCGGUCACAGGCGAGCGACGUAGAGUGGGACUCCCUUCGCGAUGCGACGCCGCAGGCCGAGCUCAAGCCGCCCGGCGCGCCGAGGCCGCGGGCGCACGGGUCGGUCGUCACGCGGAGGCAGUCCCGGUCGUGA